CCUGGCCCCGGAACUCAAGCUGAUGGAGCACAUGCCAAAAGGAACUCCGUCCCUUGAUCUCUCUGCCCGAUCCGCGAGAACUGCAAACUCUUAUCGCCAUGGGAGCUCGCGAGCAUGACGUCCUCGGUGAGCUCGAGCUCUCUGCCCGCUCAGCCUCCCAGGAUGCCCCCUUCUACCAAAUCCCCUCCCGAGUUGUCUCGGCGGUUGAGCACCCAAUGGUCGUGUUGGAUAGUGACAAGGCCAUGAAGACAUUUGGAAGUAGCUUCAACUUCCACACAAUUCUCGACCACGAGAGCGCCCAGCUGUCGGUGCCCUUGUAUCUGCGCUACGAUAACCCUGUCGUGCGGCCUAUAAUCUCCCACAAUGCUGCUUCUCACAACGUCCUGCUCAGGAUUGAUGUCCCUAGAAGGACUGGUAGGAAGCGCAAGCGUGGGAGCGAUGGACCUUGGCAGGAGCCCGACGAGGCAUCUUUAGACGCCCUACGUGAAUCUCAACGGCUUCAGGUUUACUCGCAGAAACGGCUAGACAGUCCUAGCUCCCUCAGGCGCAAGCUUCGGGAUAACGUGGGCAGGUACGAGGUCGAGGCUGUCGGCUUGAUCCGGAACACCCACCGGUACAGAGGCCUCGCCGACUUCCAGUACUCGACUGUCAACAGCCCUUUUAUGAACCAAGUUGUAGAUAAGAUUCUGCCGGGCGAUGUGGCGAUGCUACGACAGUUCGCCUUCAGGCCUGAGGUGGCACAGCCCCCAAACGUGGAGAUAAUACCUCCUCCCGUGUUCAGCCACAUGAGUCUGCCAUUUCAAUAUGGCUACUCGCAGAACCCUUACGUUCGCACCGUCGACGGCGCCGAAAAGACCAUCAACGUCCAAGCCCGCGUUCGCUCAGCUGGUUACUUUAUCUCCCACAACCGCUAUCCUGUGCCCGAUGCUCCCUCACGCCAACCUGACGCUACCGACCCGCAGAUGGCGGCUGUGGUGUCGGAGCUCCGUCUUGCCAUGGCUGAGCGUCCUCUUUGGACUCGCCGCUCCCUCACAAACCGCAUCAUGCGUGCGGCACCCUUCUCCGACAAUCUUAUCAAAACAGCGAUUCCGUAUGUGGCGUACCAGUUCAAGGCAGGGCCCUGGCGUGAUGCGAUGAUCCCUUACGGCCUAGACCCGCGGUCCGACCCCAAGUACCGAAUCUACCAGACCCUUUCGUUCAAGACCCGUCGUGCCGACGCCAACGCUGCCAGCCAACCCUGGGCCUCCCUCCGCCGCGCAGAGGCUGCUGCUGCGCGCCGUGCCGCCGAGCGCGUCUCCAUUAACCCGCUACCCGUCAACCCUGACAAUGGUGAGGCCGACGACGUGCCCUACGACCAGCAGCAUCGCGACACCCACAUCUUCGACGGCCACUCUUUCUACACGGACGGCAAGGUUUGGCAGGUGUGCGACAUCACGGAUCCGCUCCUUCGGGACCUCUUUGCGCGCGCGGCAGUGCGGCCCUCGUGCGAUGAUGCCGGCAGUGGCUGGUUCCACCGCGGGCUCUGGGCCAAGGCGCGCGCCGUCAUGAAGUGCAAGAUGCUGGCCAUCACAUUUGGCCGCGUCAUCGCCGAUGCCGAUUUCGCGGGCACCCUGGCCAUGGACGACGGCACCCCAGAGCCCACGCCGAGCGCGGGUACCAUCAUCGCCGGAACUGGCAAUGUCCGCCAUGCUCAUGUCAAUGUCCCCUUGCCCGACCUCGGUCUCACUGACGCCGAGCUCGCCGUUAUCCGUGGCCGUGACCAGAGCAGGUUCCACUCGAGCCUCAAAAAGCGUGUCAGGCGGAGUCAUGGAACGCAGUAUAGGAUUCCUGUGCUUACCAACAGCGGGCAGGAGAAGCAGAAACAGCAGCAGCAGCAACCGCAGCCGCAGCAGAUUCAGCAGGCUGGGGUCGAUGGCGGGGCAGCUGCCAGCGGAGUGGCUGGACAGACUCCAUCACUCACAGUGACAUCCCCGACGAUGGUGACCACCAAGUUGACCUCUGGGGUUGUGCGUUUUGAGGACACCCCCCUCCGCUCGGUCGAAGAUGUGAUCAACCAAGACGAUGACGAUGAAGACGAUGACGAAGACGAGAUUGAGGACGAAGAGGAGGGCGAAGGCGAGGGCGAGGGUGACGAUUUGGAUGGCGAGGAAGAUGAAGACGACGAUGAGGAAGGUGAGGAUGAGGACGACUUGGCCGAGGACACGUACUAUGAGGACGGCGGCAUCGCGAACGAGGCCGAAGUAUCAGCAGGUCCAAAAGCGGUUCCAGUCCAGAGGCAAAACGCUUCCCAGCUCACCGGCCCCAUAUCGGGCCGUGACGGCGACGACGGCGGCGAGAGCGAGGGCGAAGACUUUGACGACGAAAACGAUAUAUACGACGAUGAAGACGAAGACGGCUACAGCAACGACGACGGUGCCGUUUUCGGCGGUGAGUUCGCGAACAGCUAUGAAGAGGAGGGAGGGUUUAGCAGCGCCGAGGAGUACUAGGGUGGCACGGCCCGGAUCCAAAGCAGACUGUCGCCUUGUGGAGUUGCGGACAUAUCAGGAGUUUGCGGUGACUACUCGAAUACGCCUUUUUGUUCGGGGCAACGAUUUACGCUAGCCCAUGUCAAAUGACGGCGCUAUUGAUGUGAGCCGAUUGUAGUAGCACAAGGACAAGAAGAGACUGUGCUCGUUCCUAGCGAUAGCCUGGGAAAAUCAACGCUUUGCCAGUCACGCCAAACAGCACAUCACAUCCGCCACUCAACCUACCUGCCC